GAUGUGGCCAAGAGAUGGAAACAAUAUGGCGAAGACUCGCCUCGUUUUCGUAAACGUCUGCAUUCAAAAUGGGAGAGUAUGAACUAUGAGGAGAUCGACAGUCAACUGCAGAGAAAAAAGAAUGAAGAAAAAACAUCGAAGCGGAAGCUCGUGCUCAAGUUGCUAAGCAACUGGUUUGUUUACUUCGCUAUUGGCAUCGGGACAGCACUAAUGGCAGCCGGGGUGCAGAUUUCUGUUGAACUUAUAGCGCAUCAGAAGUUUAACCUCAUCAAAACCUACCUAGAUAAAUGCAGCACAGAUAAGGGGGACUGCCUGAUACAGCCUGCCAUGAUAUGGAUCUGUAUCAAUGCUGUCAUUACACUGCUAGGCUCCUCUCUCGUCACCUUCCUUCAGCCAAUGGCAGCCGGCAGUGGUAUACCGCUGAUAAAAUCGUAUUUAAAUGGCGUCCGGAUCCCUGGUCUUCUGUCACUUCGUGCCUUCGUUGCCAAAUGUGUGGGGGUGGUGCUCUCAAUUCUAGGUGGACUGGCCUGUGGAAAGGAAGGACCAAUGGCCCACUCGGGAGGUAUUAUAGCCGCUGGUAUAGGCAAAGGGAGGAUACCGUGGUUUAAAAAAGACAUUAGUCUGUAUGGAAUAUUCCGGACGGAUCAUAAAAUUCGUGAUUUAGUUGCUGCCGGGGCUGCGUCUGGUGUGUCUGCUGCUUUUGGCGCCCCAGUUGGUGGGACUUUGUUCAGCGUGGAGGAGGCUGCAAGCUUCUGGAACACUGAGCUGGUGUGGAAAGUGUUUUUCUCAGCUAUGGUGGCGUGUUUUUCCACAAACUUUUUGCUAAGUGCCUUUGAGGGUCACCCAACCCACCUAUCCAAUCCAGGUUUAGUGCGCUUUAACACAUUUCCUAACCUGACCUUUGACCUGAUUGAAAUUCCUGUUUUCAUCCUUAUGGCAGCAGUAGGUGGUCUAUUGGGUUCCUUGUUUGUAGCCAUGAACUAUAAGCUAACAAUCUUCAGGCAAAGAUAUUUGCACAAGAAGCGCUGGAUCAAAGUCCUGGAGGCCACCCUGGUCUCAGUGGUCAGUGGCAUCGCUGCCUUUCUACUCAUGUUCACUGUCAAGGACUGCACUACCUCAGAGCCUUACAACGACCAUGCCAUCACAACACAGAUGGGUUGCAGUGGUGGCUCUCACAACUCCAUGUCAACCCUGUUUCUCACAACCCCAGAGGGUUGUCUCAAGGCACUGCUGCAUGAUCCAAUAGAGACACAUAGUGUGCUUUCCCUGGUGCUAUUUCUGGUCAUCUUUUUCCUGCUGGGUGUGUGGACCUACGGCCUGAGUGUGUCCAGCGGUGUGUUCAUUCCUUCACUAGCCAUUGGGGCAGGCUGGGGGAGACUGAUUGGCCUUGGUGUUGUCCAGCUCUUCCCUGACCAGGCCAAAGAUGUAGGUAAAUAUGCCCUGAUAGGUGCAGCCUCGCAGCUGGGUGGCUGUUUGAGAACCACUAUAUCCCUGACUGUGAUCAUUGUGGAGUGUACAGGGGACAUAACCUUUGGUCUCUGCAUCAUGAUAGCCCUGAUGAUCUCAAAGUGGGUUGGAGAUUUCUUUACGACUGGUCUGUAUGAUAUGAAUGUUGAAGUCAGUGGUAUCCCACUUCUAUCAUGGGAGCCACCUCCCUUGUGUGACCAUGUCUAUGUCAGUGACUUUAUGAGCCAACCUGUGAUGUCAGUGUGUUCAGUAGAAAAAGUGGGCAACCUUUAUGACUGUCUCGUGGGAGAGACCUUCAAUGGAUUUCCUGUGAUCGAGCUAGAUUCAAAUGGUCCAACAGCACAAAAGGGAAAGCUAAAAGGUGUUAUUCUACGCUCUCAAAUUCUGGUUCUGCUUAAAAAUAAAGUUUAUUGUCCAGAAGGCCAAACACCUACUAAAAUUUUGUCACUCAACGAUUUUCAGAACCCAUACCCAGUAGCAUUAAGUCUUAAAAUAGAGGAUAUUCAGCUGAGUGAAGAAGAUAGAAAUUGUGUGAUGGAUUUCAGGCCUUACAUGAACCAGACACCAUACACAGUAUCACUGAAUUUCUCAAUGCCUCGGGUCUUUCGUCUGUUCAGAGGUCUAGGACUUCGGCACCUUGUUGUUAUCAAUGAUAACUUUGAGCCAAUAGGAAUGGUGACAAGAAAAGAUCUUGCCAAAUAUCGAGGUGAGGUCAAGAAGGGAAUGUUUCACAUGAACCAUCUAACAGUUGAAAACAGAUAACUCUCUUUUACAGAAGGAACAAAUGGCUAUUAAUAAUUGCUUUUUUUUUUCGUUAUGGUACUCAAGUAUAUUUUACCAGUAAUGAAAAAGAUAAUUUGUGUAAAGAGUAGUUUUUAGUAAAGGCUAGAUCAUUGGAUUUUAUCAAUUACAUA